UCGUUGAUUUACAAAUCUCCAUGGACGACGAAUCCGUGCAGAACCGGACCCGGAAGUACGUCAAGCCGAGUUAUCACUACCUGAUUACUAACUUUUUGAAGCUCUUAUUGGUUCCUUUAAUUGCUGUUUUGGUCACGAAUUUCUACCGGUUAAGUCUAAACCAGUUCUUGCUCCAGCAUCAGUACAAUCUCUUCGGAGUCAUCUUUUCCGUUGCUAUUUUCGGAUCCACUCUCUUCUUCAUGUAUCGACCUAGAUCCGUUUACCUCCUCGACUACUCCUGCUACCUCCCGCCGUCGAAUCUCCAAAUUGGCUACGAGAAAUUCAUGAAUCGCUCUAAACUAAUCGAUAAUUUCCACGAAUCGUCCCUUGAGUUCCAGCGGAAGAUCCUUAACCGAUCCGGUCUCGGCGAAGAAACUUACCUCCCGGAGUCUAUUCUCUGUAUCCCUCCGCGUCCGACUAUGGCGGCGGCGCGUGAGGAAGCGGAGCAGGUAAUCUUUGGUGCAAUCGACAAUCUCUUUGACAACACCAAAAUCAAUCCUAGGGAGAUUAGUGUCCUGGUGGUGAAUUGCAGUUUGUUUAACCCGACGCCUUCUUUAUCCGCCAUGGUUGUGAACAAGUAUAAGCUUAGAGAAAACGUUAAGAGCUUUAACCUCGGAGGAAUGGGAUGUAGUGCUGGUGUUAUCGCCAUUGAUCUAGCUAACGACAUGUUACAGAUCCAUAGACACACUUUUGCUCUUGUGGUUAGCACAGAGAACAUCACUCAGAAUUGGUACUUUGGUAAUAACAGAGCAAUGUUGAUCCCUAAUUGCUUGUUUAGGGUUGGUGGAUCUGCGAUUCUGCUCUCGAACAGGGCUCGUGAUCGAAAACGAUCCAAGUAUAAGCUUGUUCACACGGUGAGGACUCAUAAGGGAUCUGAUGCGAAAGCAUUCAAUUGUGUGUACCAAGAACAAGACGAGACUUUGAAAACCGGAGUUUCUUUGUCUAAAGACUUAACGGCUAUAGCUGGAGAAGCUCUUAAGACGAAUAUCACCACUUUGGGUCCUCUUGUUCUUCCCAUAAGCGAGCAGAUCCUCUUCUUUGCGAAUUUUCUUGCUAAGAGAUUGUUUAAUGGCAAGAAGAAGAAGAAGAAGAAGAAGCCUUACUUACCGGAUUUCAAGCUUGCCUUUGAUCAUUUCUGUAUUCAUGCUGGAGGUAGAGCCGUGAUCGAUGAACUGGAGAAGAGUUUGAAGCUUUUGCCAAAACAUGUGGAAGCGUCGAGAAUGACAUUGCAUAGAUUUGGAAACACUUCCUCGAGCUCUAUAUGGUAUGAGCUGGCUUACACAGAAGCUAAAGGGAGAAUGAGGCAAGGGAACCGAGUUUGGCAGAUUGCUUUUGGAAGCGGGUUUAAGUGUAACAGCGCGGUUUGGGUGGCUCUUCGUGAUGUCAAGCCCUCGGUUAACAAUCCUUGGGAACAUUGCAUCCAUAGAUAUCCGGUUAAGAUCGAACCUUGAACUCAUCGGAACCGGUAGAUUGGUCUAACAACAUAGGUUAGGCUUCCAUUCCAUUCUUACAUUAGC